UCUGUGGUACGAAGUACUGUGAUUUUGGUGUUUGGAUUUUGGGCGGAUUAGAAUUUCAAACAGAAUUAGUUUUUUCAUUUUGGACCGUUUUCUUACUGGAAAGCAACAAGAACAAUAUUUUCUACGAUUAUUGUUACUAUUUGCUGCAGAAAGCGCCCAAGAAUGAACCAGUAUCAGACAGAGAGGAGAUUAUGUUGGAUGUAUGGUUUGCUGUCUCUGCUACUGGCAGUAUGUGUGAUAUGUAUUGGGGUGCCAUACAACCACUGGCGCGGCACUCUGGACGUGUGCCCCGGCAGCUGGCUGGAGAACACCAACUGCGGCUGCAUCCUCUAUGGAGUCAACUCCUUCCAGUACUUCAACGGAGGACACAAUAGGAUCUGUCUGUAUGCAGUGUUCGCCCCCCUGCCGCUCAUACUGUAUGCCGUGGUCAUGGCACUGUUCCACAUGUAUAGAGUGUGCAUCAAUAAUGUUGGACAGUAUGAAGAUGAAAAGUCAACUGCUAUGGAAGAAAUUGAAGGAGGGUCAAUAGUAGUAACAACAAGGACAAGAGUGAGUGAGAGAAAUGACGGGGUCAUACAUUGCUGGGUCCCGUCUACCGUUUUUGCUUGCAUAUUUGCCAUCUACAACUUGGUUCAUGCUUCCAUAGUGACUGAUGGAUACCUGAAGACUUGUACUCAGUAUAGAGGAGCUCUGGUCAAGGACUUCCGCGCAUCUGGAGACCACGCCACCGCCAUCCACUUCCGUCUGACGUGUCAGGCUAUCUUCGACUUCAUGGACUACAUACAGAAGGACGCGCCGAACAGCCGCCGCGGGGACAUCAUCAACACGGGGGUGGCUCUGCAGCUGGCGCUCAUCACCGCGUGGCUCGCCGUGGCUCUGUGGAUCGCGGUUGCUGUCUACACCGCACUCAGGGCUUACAAGGAGCGAGCUGUCCUAACUUGUUGUGGUAACUAACAGUAUUGACAUGUUUAGUCCCAGUUUCACCAUACUCUGUUAGAUCAUAAUUAAACAAGGAAUUAGUGGUCGACUUUUGACAUGAUAUAUAAUUUAUGACAUUACAAUGUAACAGGGGUGUUAAUGAUCUCACAGACUAUGGUGAAACUAGGCCUUAGUGGAUUAUCUAACGAACAAAUGUGCACAAAUGUAGGUUUAGGAACAGUUGGAGUUGGUUUUUAUUGAAGGUGCAUUUGAGGAUAAUAGAAAGCGAUGCUGUAUUUUUACAUAGUUCUUAGCAAGUACUUACCUAUCACCACUAUAAAUAUUGUAUGUCAAACAAUGCUGUUCUUCCAGAAUGAGUCAUUAUCUACUAAUAAUAUGUUUUGCAAUACAUUCAGUUACCUACCAGUCUAUUGUCACAAUUUUUUGUUACCUAUAAAAGUUUUGACUCCAUGAUUGUUGGGUAUUAACAAAGUAGUCUCUAUACUCCACCAAAGUGUCGUUACAUCCCCAAUGCGAGAACCGUACUCACCUAGUUCUAUGGUAUUCACUGUACGUAAACGGAACAUAAUGCAAUGUGCGUGAAUGAUAUCGACAGAUAGUUCAUAGUUGCUCUGUUUAAAAUCAUUCCAUUUGGCGAAUAAUCUAACCUUACUGCUACUUAUUUUCUAUGAAAGACACAUUUAAGAACUAUAAUUUGAGCGUAAGUCACGAAUUCAUGUUUUUUUAAAUCUUGUUACCAUGAUUGUGUUUUGAUAUAUUUUCUUCGACUGAGUCUGAUGUGCUGACUUUGGUGUAAUCUAAUCUUGUAUACCUUUAUAAGCAUUUCUGAACAAUUUAGUACAACGACAUUUACAUUAUCAGCACUUAGUUACUAAACAGGAGUUAAAACUGUAAAGUAGGUUUAAAUAAGUUAAGUUAUUUUAAAUUACUUUAGUUAUGUUAAAUCCACCGAAGAACUUUUAGCUCUAAGAAUGAAAGUGCCUAUACAUAAGACUUGACGUUUGUGCCGUCCAUAAUAAAAUUAUUAUAUUUUUAUAUUUACCUACAUAAGUACUUAAGACUAUUUUAAUUUUAUAUUUUCCGAUAUUUUAUUUUUCGGAUAUGUUGUAUUUCAUCCAUAAUUUUCUAAUUAAAUAAA